CUCAAAAUGAGGUUUACUGGAACAGUGACUUUACAAAAGACAUCCAAUCAGCCAAGAGAGAUACAGAGAGAGAGAGAAAAAAGGGAAGCCCGUACCUCCUGUUGCAGUUGGCCGUCUGUCUGAAGAAGGAAAAGAGCUGCUGUGCACAGUGUUUAUUUGUAGGUCAUGUUGCCUCAGUGUGAAAGAGCGCGGAGUAUAAGUGGAUGUCCAGAAGGGCCGUAUCGAGCGGUAGAAAGUGCAGAUGCUCUCGCUACACAAAAUUUUGAGGGCAUAGACACGCUGGACAAACUUUUCCUUCAUGCUGUGAAGAGAUUCAGUCAGGCACCCUGUCUGGGCACCAGAGAGGUCCUUAGUGAAGAAGAAGAAAAACAAGCCAAUGGGAAGCUCUUUAAGAAGUUGGUCCUAGGAGAAUACAGCUGGAUGACCUAUGAAGAAGUCAGCCAAACAGUGGAAUCUUUUGGCAGUGGUCUGGCAGCUUUGGGUCAACGGCCACGAAAUACCAUUGCCAUCUUCUGUGAGACACGGGCAGAAUGGAUGAUCACAGCGCAGGCCUGCUUCAGACGCAACUACCCAUUGGUUACACUGUAUGCAACUCUGGGUGAAGAUGCUGUAGCUUUUGGGCUGAAUCAGUGUGGAGCCACUCAUCUCAUCACCAGCAUAGAACUGUUGCAGAGCAAACUGAAGAACAUUUUGAGUGCAGUCUCAGGUUUGCAGCAUGUUAUCUAUGCAGGCAGUGGUGAAGUAUGUCAGGCUGAUUACCCACAGUCUCUCACCAUUCACAGCAUGGACGAAGUAAUGGAGCUUGGGGCAAAGCCAGAGAACUUAAGUGAAAAGUAUGAGAGGCCGACUGCGUCUGAUCUCGCAGUGGUUAUGUAUACCAGUGGGUCUACCGGGCAGCCUAAAGGGGUGAAGAUGCAACACAGUAAUCUAAUUGCAGGAAUGACGGGUCAGUGCCAGCGGAUCCCAGGCCUGGGAUCACAGGACUCAUAUAUAGCUUAUCUCCCAUUGGCUCAUGUGCUGGAGCUGACAGCAGAAAUAUCCUGUGUGUCAUAUGGCUGCAGGCUCGGAUACUCCUCCCCACACACACUCACGGACCAGUCCAGUAAAAUAAAGAGUGGCGGUAAGGGAGAUUGUUCUGUGCUCAAACCCACCCUGAUAGCAGCAGUACCGGAGAUAAUGGAUCGUAUCUGCAAGAAUGUUAAUGGAAAGUUGAGAGAGAUGUCAGUGAUUAGGAGGACUCUGUUUAAAGUGGGAUACAACUAUAAACUACAGCAGGUGUCACGAGGAGCUGAUUCUCCGGUGUGUAACAUGUUGAUUUUCAAGCAUGUGAAUUUGCUGCUGGGAGGGUGUGUACGCCUGAUGUUGAGCGGAGGGGCUCCACUGUCUGCUUCCACACAGAGAUUUAUGAACGUGUGUUUCUGCCCCGUCGCCGUGGGUUACGGCCUUACAGAGACCUGUGGAGCAGGAACUAUCUCAGAAUUUACUGAUUAUAGUACAGGACGAGUUGGAGCUCCUCUCAUUUGCUCUGAAAUAAAACUGCGAGACUGGCCUGAGGGUGGAUACACCAGUCAGGACAAGCCUCACCCACGAGGAGAGAUUUUGAUUGGUGGACCGAAUGUUGCCAUAGGAUACUAUGGAAGUGAGGGGGAGGGAGAAAAUGACAACUUCUGGGUGGACGAGGUGGGGCAGCGCUGGUUUUGUACCGGAGAUGUUGGGGAAGUUCAUCCAGACGGUUGUCUGCAGAUUGUGGAUCGUAAGAAGGACCUGGUAAAGCUGCAGGCAGGUGAAUAUGUGUCUCUGGGGAAGAUAGAAGCCGCCCUGAAAAACAGCCCCCUCAUUGAUAACAUCUGCGUCUAUGCCAGCAGUGAUCAGAACUACGUGAUCAGCUUUGUGGUGCCCAAUCAGAAGCAACUGACUGAGCUGGCAAAAAAGAAUGGGAUAGAGAGCGAGUGGGAGGAGCUUUGUAACCACACCAUGAUGGAGGAUGAAGUGCUAAAAGUUAUCAAAGAGAUUGCAGUAAAAAAUAAACUGGAAAGGUUUGAGGUUCCACAGAAGAUUCGUUUAAGUUCUGAGGUUUGGACUCCAGAAACAGGGCUGGUGACAGACGCCUUCAAACUAAAGAGAAAAGAGCUGAAAAAUCAUUAUAUAAAGGACAUUGAGAGGUUAUAUGGGAAUAAAUGAUGCACAUGCAACACUCUAGGCUGAUUUCCAAUUGUCAUACUAUGGUUCCUAGAUUAUCACCCCCCCUUCCCAUGCAAUUUUUAUUACCGUCCUGACUUGCUCCAUACACUAGACAUAAUAAAAGUAUGCCAAUUGGGAUUCAUCCAUAUGUGCACUUACUGAUUAUCCUUUUGAUAUCAGUAGAAACACCAUUCUGCCUCCUGCUGGAUAUAUAUGGUCAUUACUUCUUCUUUGAGUAAGUACUGUGAGGAACAGCUUUAUUUAAUGGCAAUAAAAGAUGCAUGCAGUGGUGUUGUAUUGUUUUUUUAUUUUUUACUUUAUAAAGUGCCUUAGCAUAGCUAUGUUAAAUAUUUUUUUUAUAAAUGUUUAAAAAUUAAAAUGCCACCUUUACUUGAAAGUGUUCAUAGGAUGUAAGUGGUAAAUGUCAAAUUUUUAGUUGCUCAGUGUGAUUGUUUAGAGUGUUGAACAAAAGCUGAUGCAUGUUGUUUAGUGUGAUUCACUUAUUUCUGACGGUUAGAGUGGUAACUGUCACUCAAGACCUGCAGAAAUACAACUGGGAACUGUGUAAACUACACAAUAUAAUGUGGGAUGAGUUUAUGUUUACAUACAGUAUGUAUGGGAAACAAGUUUUUUUUUUCUUCUGUAUACUAUUGACAUAAAAAAGAAAAAAAUUUAUGUUGUUUGUUUGUUGUUGUUCUUCUUUAGUUGUUCCACUGCACAUGAUGAGUGGGUUCAUGGCACCACAUAAUGUGUCAUGUGUGCAUUAGAGAUAAAACUGAGAAGUCAUAUUUUUCCUGUUGUGCUAUAUAUUGUAUUGCAUUUUUAUUUUUAAAACUAUAUCUCCAUUUCACACAAUAAAUUGUUUUUCACCAUUCAUUUAUUUACCUGAAAAAAAAAAAAAACAUCCUGUUAUUGCUUUUCUGUUUGUUUCUCGUCUGUGCAUGAUUUAGUUUUUUGAUAAAAGUUUAAAAUGUAAAAAAGUUGUUUAUUUGUAUAUAUAUACUUUAUUUACUGAAUUUUAUAACUUUUUUCUUGACUGUGAUAUGUUCUGAUAUCACUCAAUUUCUCUAAACACAAAAUCUAAACACAAAUCCUUUGCCAUCUUACUUGUCUGUCCACCAUCACUCCACAGACUUUGGAUGCUCCUUACAUUCUCUAGCUUAAUUUGCACAUAUUUGAUGUGUCAAAAUGAAAUGUAGCUGAGUAAACUUCUUGUUUAUCCCUCUUAUCUAAAAGCAUAAAACAGAGAUUCAGGCUCAGCAUUUCUCUCAUUUAUCUGUCAAACCUCUAUACCAUUUGUUGUUCUUCAAAUCUUACAUUUCACCAUGGGAAUCAGUCUCUGUCAUCUGGAGAAUUGGACGUUUAACCUUUUUCUGUUAGUACUGUUCUUUUCUCGUGUCAAAGUCUGAUUUAACCACCUUACACCGCCAUUGAAGUUUAAAUGGUUGACAUUGAAACUGUGUUGAUGUUCUCAAAUCUGGCUGACAUGAAUAAAGUAGACAAUCUUCUA